AUGGUCACUGAAAUCUUCAUCGACAAGGCCAACCUGGUUCUGCAGGCGGCCGCCAAUCAUCCGUAUCUUGCGGUUCUGGUCUACCUGGCAGUCAUGGCAAUCUCUCGGGUCUGGCACUCUGCCAGAUUCGCCGAAUGCUGGUACCAGUUGACUGGUGGACUGCUUGGUCGGAUGUUGGUGGACGUCGCCAGCGUUGUCGCCUGGCCCAUGAAGCUUAUCAUUGCCUACAUGGCUCUAUUCUGGCGGAUGCCCCCCGGUCCACCGCCUCCAGAGGUGGACCAACCCAAAGACCUAGCGACGGAAGACGCGCGCCUCGUCAAGGAGGUUACUGAUGCUGAUACUCAGCUUCAGCAGCACUCUGUCGAGAAUGCCGCCCUCAUCGAGGAGAUUACCAAGCUAAAGGAGAGAGCCAACUUGAAGGAGGCACAGACUGAGCAGCAUUCGGCCGAGAAUGCCCGCCUCACCGAGGAGGUCGCCAGCCUGCAGGAGAAGCUCCGGAACUACGAGAAGACCGUGAGGUUGAUGGCAUCUUUCAAGACGAAGGUUGCAAGUGUCCCUCAGCCCCGACUCCUCCGCCCUGGUAACUACAAAAGCAUACCAAAGGCCAAUCAAUACGGCAUAUACCACGUGAGCGAAGGGAAAGUCCUCCAACCUCCCGACGAUGCUGCCAAGAAGCAAUUAUCGCUGAGCAAAAUCGUCACCGUUGCCGACACCACCCCCGUAAUCGCUCCUCCUGUUAUCUCCAACAACGCUCCGGUCAAUAUUGCUCCUGUACUCUCGUAUAGCAGCAUCUUGAUCGUCGCUGACACCGCCCCCAUCAUCGCAACUCCCGUUCUUUCCUGCACCGGAAUCCUUACUGUCACGGAUGAUGCUCCCGUCAACGUCGCUCCUCGGCUAUCUCUUACCAACGUCUUCACCGUCACCGAUAACGCCCCGACCAAUGUCGUUGCCAUUCCUUCUCCUACUAGAGUUCUCCCCGUCACCGACAACGCACCCAUUGCCACCAUUGAGCCCACGAUGCCUGCUUCAGGUGUGGUGUCUAUCGACGAAGAUAGUGCUCGCAAGGACGAACUGAAUGACCACGUUCAUGAGGAGGCGCAAGACGAGGGCGAGACCGAGAAAGAAGAGAUUCAGGUCACGAAGUCUGACGAGAAGAAUGAGGUUGAGAAAGAGCAAGAGCACGAGGACGAGAACAAGACCGACGGCGAGGAUGAGCGAGACCAAGACGCAAAGAAGGACGACGACGGUGACGACGACGACAAGGACGAUCACCACGAUCUGAGCGGCGGCGGAGCAGUCUUGAUGCUCCCCGAUCAUUCCCUGUCUGCAUCUUCCAUACCCGCGCCUCAAGAACAGCCCACGACUCCUGAUACCAAUGUCCUGGAACAAGUCCAUACUCCCUCAACCGAGUUGCCUGUUCCCGCUCUCCCUACUCUAGCACUCAAAUCGCCUGCCACACACAAGCGCAGACUGAGUGACCCCGAGGAGCCACAGAGAUCCGGCCAUGGACCUGCCUCUCGUCCAAUCCCUACGGAAUUCUCAACCUUGCCGUCUAUCUCUUCAAGUGCUACAGUUGCGUCUGCCCUCGUUACUGCACAGCUUCCUACGUUCGGAAAUGCGACUGGCUCUUCAGCUACAAUUGCCCCGAACGCACAGGUUAACGACAAUGAGGCGAUGGAGGUUGUUCAAACCCAGCCUAGCGACAAGACCGAGGGAUCUGAGAAAGACAAUGGCUAUUUGAUGGACGGCGUUGUUGGUGAGCCCACCGUGGCAGUCGAAAGAGUCGCCGAAACUCAUGACGGAUCUAUGGACGGUGUCAUUCAGCAAGCACCUCCUGUCGCUAUUGUUCGAACCAACCAUGUCCAUGGAGACGCCAUGGAAGUUAUCGAGGUUGAGACGAAUCAAGAUGCAAGAAACAUGAUGGAAGGUGUUACACAAUUCGAGACCACAACGAGAGAGGACCAGGAGAUGGCCGAUGACAUCGGAUCAGCCCAAGACUUCAAUAUGCAUCAAUACACCGACUGCGAUAUGCACGACAACUUCUCUAGCGUCACUCCUGCCGUCGAGAUCGUGGAUACGGACAUGCAGAAUGAUCCAUGCUUCACUUACACACCUCGCCAGCCCGCGACGCAAGUCGCCAUCGACCGUGAAAUAGAGAUGGACAUUCUAGAGGAUCUUCGACCCGAGUUGCCGGCCACUCCAGGCGAAUUCGGUCCAAUCGAUCAGAUCUUUGAAGAAACCUUCGUUGAAGCCGGCCCUUCUUCACCGCCGUUGAUUUUGUCACCGACAAUUCCAGACGAGUUUUAUGCCCAUCCUCCACCGAUGCCUCUCAGGGUGCCAUCUCCAGACCCCUUGGAUGACCUCUACUCCCUCCCUCCUUCAACCCCUCCCAGGUCGCCAUCCCCGGACCUGUUGGACGACAUUUACUCCCCCCCUCCGCCAUCUCCUCGCAGGUCUGCUCUUCCCUCGCCCCCCAUCGCUCCUGUCCACGAGCAGAACAACCAGACGCAAACUCCGACGGGAACAGAGUCAGUGGCAGAGCCCGCUGACCGCGUUAGCGAGGAAACUACCAAGCAACAUGAGCAAACACGUACGGGGACGAGAACAGAAGCCUCAACAAGACCACGGGCAACUCAGCAGCAUUCGUACACGCUGACAUUGCCGCUUCAAACUUCUGCAUCGCGUCAUUCACCAAUUACGCCCAUGACCCCGACCCCCAAUACACAAUCAGCGACUGGCGGUUCAUCAUCGGUCUCGCCUCGAAGAAUAAUCCGCAAAGGCCCACGCCCAGAUCCCUUACGCCCCUUGCGAACAACAAAGCCGUCGUCUCAGACUCAGAAAUCCAAGGAUACGGGCUGCGCCAAAUUGGGACCAGACGGACAGGUAAUCCGCUCCCCUGCCGCGAGACCCCCCGAAGACCCCAAGACCCCAACGUCAGUCAAAGUUCUCGCACCCAAACGUAACGGCUCGGCGGCAGACCCAAAAGAGGCUUCCCCAGACGCACCGCGCAUCUCGAUCUUCUCGAUCUCUGACCCAAUGCCCGCACCGGCUUCGACCCCCCAGCAGCCGUCACAGGCAACUCGCUACUCAAGCAACAGAGCCCAGGCAAAGGAGAAGAGGAACCAAGAGGAAGCCGUACAGACUGGUGAUACCCCCGUGCCGAGCUGGUUCUCGCGGCCCCGGCAGAUUCUGCCUCUUCCCAGAAGCAACAGAGCAAACAGGUCCGCAGAGGACAUCGCAACCCAUCAACAGAGUGUGUACACGACCAGGCGCGAGUUGGAGCAGGAAGUUGAGGCGUCCGAAAUCCAAGAAGCGACCGGUGGCGAAGAUGGCCACCGGGAUCGAAUUGUUCGGGUCGUCGAGAGGGCCGAACAGAACCAGUCCGAGAGCGUCUUCACGUACGCAGGGCACGCAACCAGAGAAGAGCGCCUGGCUGUCCUCCGUCUACUGAUCGACAUUCUAAGGCGUCAGAAUCAGGAUACUGGGGCCGCCAGGAAGUUCAGGAAUUGGGGGGGAGAGAGGCGACUCAAGCUCUUGUCUAAGGAGAGGUGGCAGGAAUUGCCCGGCGCCCCGGAAGAUCAGAAGACUUUCCUCACCAGAGAACAGGUGAACGAUCUUCUGGGGCAUUGGAUGAGGUACCUCCUUGAAGGACUUGUCCAACAGGGUAUCGUGUACGCAGAUGAGAUGGAGGGAAUUUUGAGGGAAUGGAUGAGGAUGGUGGAGGAAGAAAGGCGGUCUCAACGGCAAUGA